AGGGGGCUUGAAGAAGUCAACGCAAUCUCAUGAAAUUAGCUUAACCAUGGCAAUGAGCUAAAGGAGGAAGGCAACCAAAUCUAUUGAUGAGUUUUGGAUUCAAGUUAGGGGUCCAUGCACUUUCUACUCACCAGCUUGAGGGGGCUUGAAGAAGUCAACGCAAUCUCAUGAAAUUAGCUUAACCAUGGCAGUGAGCUAAAGGAGGAAGGCAACCAAAUCUAUUGCAUAAAACAGACGUUGUCAUGUCUUAUCUUCGUUGUUCCCCCUUCAAAUUUCAACGCCAUGGACUCCGGAAGUCACAGAUUAGAGAGGGAUCCCACCAGCUGUCAGAAUUGUCUGUUUUCCUUCGUAAUUUUCGAGUGUUUAGCCUUGAAUCCAGCUGAGUAUCUUGUUAUUUGUUCAUUAUUUGCGAGAAAGAUCGUUUCUUGAGCCGUUUUGUUGGCCGUCAAGUCUUAUCUUUAAGCUUUGUCAACUUUGAUUCUUUUCUACUUUUGGAUGGAUAUUUUGCUCUUGCGACCAGUAUUUCAGAAUCCGUUCGGAGGAAAGGAAGGAUCUUAGGGUGUUCCAGAUACUGUAGAUGCUGGCCUUUUGUGUGUGUUUUUGGUGCUGAACUAUUAUUUGUCGUGAAAGUUAGAGUGAAAUUUGCUCCUCCCCAUCCCCCUCCAGAUGUCGGAGAAGAUGUUGUAGAUGGCGUACCAUUAGAGUCAUGUUAUGGUUUUUUCAUGAUUUUUUUUGCUUCAAUUUUAUAUUCAUGUCCGUGCUGUGAAACGCUGCUUUGCUGAAUUUCUUCUGUUAAGCUAUAUUUACCUGAUAAUCAUAGUUGUAUCUCCUUAAAAUCCGUAGAUCAGGAUGAGAAAAAUGCUAUCUUCCGUCCAUUGCGCAUGUGAAUACAUUUUAACAUAUAGUGAAAAUAUUUUUAUUUUUGGUUGGUCUUCUGAGGCUUAUUAUGGAACGUAAAUGAGAUUUACAUUUGUAUUAUUCUUAGAUUUACCAGUUUUAUAUCUCAACUACCUACUUAAAUUGCGAGUGCUCUUCAAAGCUUAAAGCCAAAACCUAAUAUUUUGACAUGGUAUUGGCACCAUGUUUCUCGUCAAACAACACUGAUGCCUUUUGCCGUGUGCAAUUGAACAUUUGCUACUUUAUUGAAUAUUUCUGUUCUUUGUUAGGUUUGCUGAGAAGUAUCAAACUGUUAAGUUUUUUUCUUUUCAAAGUUGUUUUGUUUACUGAAAUUAUUAAACUCCAUUGUGUAUAGAUGGUUAUCAGUACUUAAACAUUAAAAGUUGCUUACAUGAUGCUUAAAACUCUGUUCUUCUUCUUCUUUAUAUAAUUUUAAGUUACUGUUGCACAAUAGUGCUACCUAUGAUAUUGUGUGAUGAGCCUUCAGAAUUUUUAAAUCAAGGUAUAUGUAUUUGGCACAACCUUGUAGAUAUAGGCAGACCAAGUUUUAAUGACACUCUGCACUAAAAUUUGGAAAAUUUUCCCCUAGUACAUCGCCAUCAUGGUACAGAAUGUCCCAGCACCUUAUGUGGUGGAAGAAAAUUUUGGAGGUUAUUUCCAUGAUCACGAUGACCUUGCAUUAGCUGAGGAGCUUCAGGAUCAGUUUGGGCAAACUUUCUUUCAGGAAAGCAUAUAUCUAUCGUUCCAAGGAAAUGUUCAUGGUGGCAGUUCUAGGCUGAACAAUGGUCAUGAUAGAAACAUGGGAGAAGGAAAUUCUUCAAGAAUGGCUAGAGUUGAGCAACAGCUAGCUCUUGAUGAGGCAUUAGAUAGAGAACUGCAGGAGUCAGAGAAUCAGCUUGCUGAUACUUCAUUUGGUGAAGUUACCAGAAUUGAAGCUAGUAAUAUCACUCCUGCACAAUCUUUCACCGCAAGUGCUGAGUGCAAUUCUGCAAGCACAUCUUCUCAGGAGUUGCCACAAUGGGGUGAAACCAUAGCUACUGAAAGCAGAGGAUUACCAGAUGAGCCGAUUUCCUUAUUGCAAUCUUCAACAUACAAAGCAGGGUUAUUUUCCAAAAAAGACAAACAUAAGAGCAUGCCCAGUAUGCGAUGACGAGGUUCUUGGUUCUUGAGUGGAUGCACACGAGAGCUGCAGAUGAGUAAUGGCUGCAGUAUCUGCAGACGAGUGACAUCCCUUGUGCCAUUUGUGCUGCAGUAUCUGUACAUCACAAACGGCUGCACUCCUCAUGUUCGAUUGCUCUUCGACUCCUCUGCUCCGUUUACCACACAGUUUUAGCCUCAUUUGAACAACUCGGGUGUUCCUCAUGAAUCAGAUUUCCUGCUGUUCUUGUCACGAGCAAUCAAAGGCCAAGAAACUGUAGCUCUUCGCAUAAUCGAUGCUGGUUCUUUCCACUGAUUGAGAGAUAUUUGAUGCUACUAUGGGCCCUCAAAACUUGAGGAACAUGGACUUGGAUCUCGGGCUACUAAAGUAUUGUAAUUAGACAGAUUUCUCAAAAGAUUUUGUCAUAUCUAUUUCUCCUACUUGUACAAUAAAAGCAGGAGCAGCGAGAAAGAUUUGAACCAUAGAUUGACAUGUAAGAUUCAGAUACUACGAGAAAAAUACCACUA